UAUUUCAUGAAAUACUUCAUUUUUCCUGUUAAUUGUUAAACAAACUCAUUAAAGUUUAAGUCAUCAAGUGAUGCACGUAACAGUGCAGUGCGUAAUGCUCAAAUUACACUAAUAACGUUGUUUCUAGAAUGGCUACUACAGAGAUGGCCACCAGUGAGAUGAUAACUACCCAGACUCCCAGCGAUGAGUCCAUCGUGGGACUAGCUGUAGGACUGGCCGCAGUCUCCCUUGCCCCAGGGGUGGUCAUAGUGAUAGUCAUCAUUACUAUCAUAGUGUGUGUGAUGACUACGAAAAGGAGCAACCGACUCUCAAGGAGGACUAGAGAUACAGAGGGUCAAAAAACUUCUGCGACAACAACUAGUCAGGUCUACGAAAGCAUUACCUCACUCCCCGACAGGACAGCCCCGCCCACUUCCCUGCCGUACAGCCUACCCGUGACCCGUCCCACUUUAGACCACACCUCACACAACGUUGCUACUCUAACUGGACCCAGACUCACAGGGUACAAGAAGACAAGCCGACCAAUAGCUAUAGAGCUUGUGCGUACCAGAACCAGUUUGGAUACGACCAAUCCUCGACUGAAGGCAAUGGAGUACGAAGAUGUGGUGAGCAGAGACUACAGUGAUGCUGAUAGUGAAGACCAUAACUACACACCGCAAGAAUGGGUCCCUAAAUUGAAACUACAUGCUCUAACAGACGAUCAUAUUUCAUUGAUGAAGAAUUUAUAUAGUCAACCAGUGACGACAGAGACUACAGCAAAUGAGGAGUCUUCCGCUACAGCAAAUGAGGAGUCUUCCGCUACAGCACAUCUUUCAUCACACAGUGCAUCAAAAACAAACACUAAAAAAGACGAAAUAACUGAAAGCACUCUGGCUACAGAAGCUCCUACUAAUAGUGCAAAGAAACCACCAACUAAUGACACAUCUGACGAUGAAGGGUACUGCCUAUGGGAGGAGUGGAACCUUCCUAGACCAACUGGAGUAGUCCUUCCAGAGACAAGCAAAGCUUUGAGUGAGAGCGAAGAGGAUUACGUGAACGAAGGUCUUGGUCCAGUGAGUAGCAAGUUGUCAGGCGAGCGUCUUCAAGCUAAAGCUAGCACAUUCAAUCAAGCGCUACCAACACACGAGACGAAUAUAGAAACUAAAAGUGGAGAAAGUAUAGAUGAAGACGAUUAUGUCAAUGAAGGGCUAGGUCCGAUUGCUAAACCAAGCGAGGAGAAGGUUCUGUCACGAACAGACUCGGAAGACGAUGAUGGCUAUUUUAUCAUGGAAAGUCUUAACCAGAGCAGAUUACUAAGUACCAGUCGAGGAAGUCAACAAGUUCACGAAGAAGCGAGCUUGUCUCAAGAUGGCAGUACCUCUAGAGCUGAUGAUAGUCACGAGGAUUAUCACGUGGAUAUGAGGUUCUUCACAAACAGACGUAGUAACCUACACAGGCAACAAGUCGGUCACUCGUUCAGUAUUGACGAUGUAUCAACAAGAUCAAAUUCAGCAUACACACAGAGAAGAGGUAAGCCUUCCCCCCUAAGUUACCAUGGUGACAUGUACCGUCCUGGGAGACAGUCACUACCAAGAAUCCCAUACCCCAGUGCAAGUGCAUUCAAUAUGCAAACACUGCACUCCAACUUCAAAUACUCGAGAAAUACCACCUCGCUAGCGGCGGACCUGGACAAACAUGAAUAUACGUACAUUGAGCUACCCAAGAGAAAGCAUCUGCAGAGUGUAUCCGAGUGGGUGGAGGGUGGAGGAUCGAGGAGGGCGGAGUCAGUGGGUACAAGGCAGAUAAACCCAGCCAAAGGAACGCUAGUCUAGCUAUAUAGAGCACAGCUAGAUACAGUAGAUAGCUAUAUUGCACAAUGCAUGUAUUUCCAUAUUAACAGCACAUUUGUAAUCUUA